AUGGAAGAUCAGCCAAUGCUUUCGAACUGCGAAAAAGACAGCCUGGAAUCGGCCGAAGGCGAGUAUCAAAACAAGAGCUCAAAGCCACGAAACUGGGUACUAUAUGUACUUCUCACUUUAUCUCUUCUUACAAAUCUUAUACUCCUGAUACCACAUAUCUUCAAGUCCUCAAUCGACACUCAAACGAGCAUUUCUACAGUCACGAAAUAUGCCGGACUGGCGAGAGACACUGUGUCAGUUAUCAAUUCAUCCUCACCUUACGGGCUUGGAAGCAAAAACGAGAUUGAGAGAUCCAUAUUAUGGGAGAGUCUUGAUACUAGUACAGGCGAGAUAAGUCUCGAUACCAAGUGGGCAAACGAACAAGGCCUUCCUGACUCCGAACCCUUUUUCUGGAACAAAAAUCGCAGUAUUUAUCUCAUUAAUGCCUAUCACAGUGUUCACUGUCUCCGAAAAGUCCGUAGAUGGGUAACUAUCAGCUACUAUAAUGGUACUCAGCUAGAUAGUUAUCCUCACCUCAUUCAUUGUAUGGAUCUUUUACUGCAAAAUAUUGUAUGUGAAGCCGAUGACACACCAAUGUACACAUCUGCGACAAAAAACGUCACGACAGGUAUGGGCCAACAACGCAUGUGCCGCAGUUGGGACAAGCUUAGUAAGUGGGCAAAUAGGCAAACAGCCUGCUUCAGUUAUAUCAAUGAGACUCAGGGUGUGGAUGCUGUUAUCCAGCGCUUUAGAUAUUGCCCACACGAUAGCAGUAUGCUCGAGCCCAUGAGACAAUUUUUUGGAUAUAGGGAAGAUUGGUUUGAGGAACGUGUGUCGGAGAUUGAAAGCAUGCCACGCUAUUGGGAAGGUUUCCAAGAAUGA